CGAUACCCAAAGCCUAACAUAUGUACUUUUUUCACAUGUGUAGAGAAGCAUUUUGAAGUUUGGAGUUCCAUUGUAACUAGAGAUGUCAAGCAAUCUAGAAUUCUCCAAGCUCAUCUUUUGGACUUCUCUCUCACUUACCCUUCUACUUCACAUCGGGAAUGGAGAAAGGUGUGAAAGAAAUGGUCCGAGUGUAAAGCAAACCGAAACCGGGUUCAAGAAGCCACCCACGUACACCGUUGAGGUCAAAAACACCUGCCCGACAUGCCCGGUGAUUGAUGUUCAUGUAGAAUGUGGAAACUUUUCACAAGGUCUAGUGAACCCUAUGAUUUUCAGAGUGUUGGGUCAAAACGAUUGUGUUCUAAACAAUGGUUCACCAUUGGAGCCUCUUGAAGAGAUGUCUUUUAAAUACUCUCAUACCAUGUAUGCAUUGAAGCCUUCCACUUGGUAUUAUCAAUGUGAGUAA